AUGGUGGCAUCUGCAGCUCGAGCAGUGUUGUUGGCACACCAGCAGCUCUGGGGUUUCACCAAGAGGCUCCUUAUCAGAGGUGCUGCCGGGCAGUCAUUAUAUUUUGGAGGGGACAAAUUAAGAAGUACGCAGGCUGCUACACAAGUUGUUCUGAAUGUUUCUGAAACAUGAGUUAUACGUUUGGAAAAUGGACUCAGAGUGGCUUCUGAAGACUCUGAGCUCUCAACAUGCACAGUUGAACUCUGGAUUGAUGCUGGAAGUCAACAUGAAAAUGAGAAGAAUAAUGGAACAGCUCACUUUCUAGAGCAUGUGGCUUUCAAGAGCACCAAAAAGAGAUCCCAGUUGGAUCUGGAACUUGAGAUUGAAAAUAUGGGUGCUCAUCUCAAUGUGUAUAUCUCCAGAGAGCAGACUGUAUAUUAUGCCAAAGCAUUCUCUUAAGACUUGCCAAGAGCUGUAGAAAUUCUUGCUGAUAUAAUACAAAACAACACAUUAGGAGAAGCAGAGAUUGAACCUGAGCGUGGAGUAAUCCUUAGAGAGAUGCAAGAAGUUAAAACCAACUUACAAGAAGUUGUUUUUGAUGAUCUUCAUGCCACGGCUUAUCAAAAUACUGCACUUGCCAUUUUGGAACCAACUGAAAAUGUCAAAUCUAUAAAUGUUAAGGAUUUAGUGGAUUAUAUAGCUACGCAUUAUAAGGGGCCAAGAAUAGUGCUUGCUGCUGCUGGAGGUGUUUCCUAUGAUGAACUGCUUGAGUUAGCAAAGUUUCGUUUUGGUGACUCUUUAUACACACACAAAGGAGAAAUGCCAGCUGUGCCUCUCUGCAAAUUCACAGGAAGUGAGAUUCAUGUGAGAGAUGACAAGAUGCCUUUGGCACACCUUGCAAUAGCUAUUGAAGCUGUUGGUUGGGCACAUCCAGAUACAAUCUGUCUCAUGGUUGCAAACACACUGAUUGGCAACCGGGAUCGCUCUUUUGGAGGAGGAAUGAAUUUAUGUAGCAAGUUGGCCUAGUUCACUUGUCACAGCAGCUUCUGCCAUAGCUUCCAGUCUUUAAACACUUCCUAUACAGAUACAGAAUUAUGGGGACUCUAUAUGGUUUGUGAACCAGUCACAGUUGCAGAUAUGCUACAUGUUGUUCAAAAAGAAUGGAUGUGACUCUGUAGAAGUGUCACUGAAAAUGAAGUUGCACGAGACAAAAAUCUUUUGAAAACAAACAUGUUGCAAAAUGAAAUAUCCCCUCAAACUACACUUCUGCUUCUUAAGGUCGUUAUCAUCACAUACCCUGAACAAGGGCCCACCAAAUCUCUGGAAUUUAAAACAGAGCGGAACCGCCACCUCCGCGUUUCUGAGAGACGCCGCGUCAGUUGGCUGAGGCAGGUCGCGGCCGCGCGCUUGCUCGGGGUCGUGAUCUCCAGGAGACACCGGAAGCGGGGCGCGCGCCUGAGCUGUCGGUUCUGGGAGGCGCUGUUCUGCAGGCUGCGCCCUCCGCGCUGCGCCCUCCGCGCUGCGCCCUCACCCCAGAGUUCCCUCAGAGGGCUGCAGUUGAAACUCCAGCAGAAACAGGGCAAGAUGGAUAUGGACAGAAGAAAGGCUGCUGGCCAGCUGUAUGCCUCCUGGGGUCAGGAGGGGUCUGUGAUUGUGAAGGUCAAGUUGGAAGAGGAUCAUCCCAGGAAUCAGGGUUUCAACCUUCCUGAGAACCAGUCCCCUGCCUGGGAGAUCUUCAGGCAGCAGUUCAGACACUUCUGCUACCAAGAUUCCCGAGGACCCCGUAUUGCCCUGAGUCAGCUCCAGGACCUCUGCCAUCAGUGGCUCAGGCCAGAGACAAAUACCAAGGAGCAAAUCCUGGAGCUGGUAGUGCUAGAGCAGUUCCUGUCCACCCUGCAGGAGGAGCUCCAGGCCUGGAUCCAGCAGCAUAAUCCAGAGUGUGGGGAGGAGGCAAUAACCUUGCUGGAGGAUCUGGAAAGAAAGAAAAAUGUUUCAGCCUGUGCUCUGGAACAGAAAGUCCUUAUGCAGACAAUGACCAUUCAGACACCAGAAGAAGAAUCUUCAUAUACCUGGGUGCAACCCCCAGAGAUCCAGUUCAAGGGCAAAGGACCUGAGCCCCACCUGGCAGAGGAAAGAGAUGGUGGUGUGAAGACUGAGAACGUGAUGUUAGGUACGAAGCAGGAACUUUGUGAAGAAACAGAACCACAUAGAGAGGGGUCUGAUGGACCUAAUGAAAAAUGUGGAAAGGCCUUCAUUAGACAUGCAGAACUUACCCAGCAUCAGGGGCUUCACAGCAAGGAAAAGCCCUAUAAAUGUACAGAGAGUGGCAAAGUCUUCAGUCAAAAGGCAGACCUCUUACAACAUCUUAAAAUCCACACUGGAGAAAAGCCCCAUCAGUGUAGUAAAUGUGGCGGAUGUUUUAGUCAGAGAUCAGUUCUUAUGAAGCAUCAAAGUCUGCAAACUGGAGAGAAACCUUUUGAAUGUAUGGACUGUGGGAAAGCUUUCUGCCAUAGUUCAGACCUCAUCAAACAUCAGCAGUUCCACAACAAAGAGAAACCUUAUGAAUGUAGUGAAUGUGGGAAAGCCUUCAGGCAGCAUUCACACAUUAUUGAACAUCAGCGAAUUCACAGUGAAGAAAAACUCUAUGAAUCCUUUAGCCGGAGCUCAGAACUCAUAAUACAUCACAGAAUCCACUCAGGGGAAAAACCUUAUGAAUGUGCUGAGUGUGGAAAAACCUUUAGUGUGAGCUCAACCCUGAUCAUACAUCAGAGGAGUCACACUGGGGAGAAGCCCUAUAAAUGUGAUGAAUGUGGUGAAGCCUUCAGUCAACGCUCGGGCCUUAAUAAGCAUAAGUUAGGAGGCAAGCAUGGAAACCCUCCUGAGCCAAGAAAAUAUAAAUGUGAUGAAUGUGGAAAGAACUUUACUUGGUCAACUGGUCUGAGGAACCACAAAAGAAUCCACACCGGGGAUAAGACAUACCAAUGUCCCAAGUGUGGGAAAGCCUUCACAAGGGGAGAGCAUCUUAUUGAACACCAGGGGAUUCACAACAAGGUGAAGCUCUAUCAGUGUAAAGUGUGUGGCAAAGCCUUCAGUCAGAAGACAGGUCUUAGUCACCAUCUCAGAAUCCACACAGGAGAGAAACCUUUUGAGUGUUCCAAAUGUGGGCAAGCUUUCAGCUGGAAGUCAGAUCUCAACAAACAUUUGAGAGUCCACUCUGAGGAAAAACCCUACAAAUGUGAAGAGUGUGGGAAGGCCUAUAGGCAGAAAGCAACACUAAUCCAACAUCAGAGAAGCCACAUUGUGCUAAGUCCUGAAAGUGGGGUGAACAGGGUAAAACCUGCAGUGGAAGCUCAGCCCUGA